GAGCCGCCGACAGUCAUUCAGCACAUGACUGUCGUGGUACAGUAUUAAUAUUAAUACUAAUAUUAAAAUGUGGAACUUGGGCAUGCGUCUCUUUGAGCAUUGACUUGUGAAUGAUAUGACAGUGUGGGUGACCUUCUGCACGGACACGCUGGGAAUGACGGUACAGAUGACAAUGACAGCAGUCUUUCCAGUUUAACUUCAAACAGCUGCAGGCAGCACUGAUGAGACUGGUGCUGAUCAUCGUUAAUAUUCAUCGUAUUCCUUUAAAAUAAAUGAUUUAGCUUAUAAUGAACUGUCUAACACGGACCGCGUACUGGCCGCUUAUUCGGUUUCUACUGCCACUGGCCAUCACUAAUAUAGCCAUCGACUUUGGAGAACAGGCCUUGAACAGAGGUAUAGCUACUGUGAAAGAGGACAAAGUGGAGAUGUUGGCCAGUUAUGGUCUGGCAUAUUCGCUUAUGAAGUUCUUCACUGGACCCAUGAGCGACUUUAAAAACGUGGGACUCGUGUUCGUCAGCAGCAGGAAGGAGCGAAUGAAGGCCAUCCUGUGCAUGGUCGUGGCUGGGGUCAUUGCUAUUAUCCUUCACGUUCUCAUAGCUUACACAGAUCUGGGCUAUUACAUUAUAAAUAAACUCCAUCAUGUGGAUGAAUCAGUCGGAAGCAAGACGAGAAGGGCCUUCUUGUACCUGGCAGUAUUUCCAAUAUUAGAUGCAAUGGCGUGGAUUCAUGCUGGCAUCCUUUUAAAGCACAAGCACAGCCUGCUGGUGGGCUCUGCGUCUAUUUCUGAUGUUGUUGUACAGAUAAUAUUUGUGGCAAUCCUUCUCCAGAGCAACUUGCAGUGUAUCGAGCCUCUUCUUAUUCCCAUUCUCUCACUGUAUAUGGGAGCCCUGGUCCGCUUCACUAUCGUAGGACUGGGCUACUACUGUAAAGUCCACGCCAACAUCCCUAAAUCAACCAGCAUCGAACAUGGGGGAGAUGCCACAGUAAAAAAGAUGCUUGGUUUUUGGUGGCCGCUUGCUCUCAUUUUAGCCACUCAACGCAUCAGCAGACCCAUCGUCAAUCUGUUUGUCUCUCGGGAUCUUAAUGGCAGCGCUGCAUCGACUGAAGCGGUAGCUGUCCUCACAGCCACAUAUCCUGUGGGUCACAUGCCCUACGGCUGGCUGACGGAGCUACGAGCCGUAUAUCCAGCUUUUGAUAAGAAUAGCCCUAACAACAAGUUAGCUGCUGGUCAAGAAGUCACCAAAUCCCACAUCAACAGAUUCACCCUUGGCUGCAUUCUCCUCUCCUUAUCGCUUUGUUUCAUUAUAUUCUGGACCCCUCAUGUUUCGGAGCUCAUCCUGGUUAAUGUCAUCGGAGUGGACUUGGAAUUUGCAAAACUUUGCAUCGUUCCACUGAGAAUAUUUUGCUUCUUUCCUUUCCCAGUGACGGUUCGAGCUCAUCUGACGGGUUGGUUAAUGACACUGAAGAAAACCUUUGUGUUGGCACCCAGUUCAGUGCUGCGUAUUAUUGUGCUCAUUGGAAGCCUUUUGGUGCUGCCUUACAUGGGGGUACAUGGUGGCACACUGGGAGUCGGAUCAUUGCUGGCAGGAUUUGUAGGAGAGUCAACCAUGGUUGCAAUUGGUGCCUGUUAUGUAUAUAGAAAACGGAAGAAAACCCCAGGUCCUAAAAAGGUUGUGGAAGAUAACUCCUCCCCAAUGAAUGAGAUCACUUCAAGGUUGGAUGCCCUUGAAGAAGAGAACGAGAUGAUAGAAGAAGAUGAAAAUAAGAGGAUCGAUGAAGAUGAGAAUGAAAGGAUGGAAGAAAAUGCGAAUGAGAGGACAAAUGAAGAUCCAAAUGAGAAAACCGAAGAAGAUGGGAAUGAGAGGAUGGGAGAAGAUGAAUGAAUCCAAGGAUAAAACAGUCAAAUGUCUUUAUUGGAUCUGAAAAAUAACUACUGAUCAAAAUGAAUGUUUCUAUUUCACUCCCAAAUACCAGUGAAACUGUCAGUCGACAGAUGCUUGAAUGGGGUGAAUGAACAGAUUAGACAAAUAUCGGCACAUGUGUCUACAACAGACGCACUCCUGCACUUAUGCAAUCUGUUUGCACUGAGGCAUAUUUACACAACGUUUUACAAAGGUCCUUUUUUGCCAAAUGUAUGCAUUGUUGUCGUAUAUCUUAGUCAUUGAUGCAAGGACUGCAUCAAGAUGUAUUCGAAACUGAACUGUUAUCUGAAAAUAGUUGAGAUACUGUCCGUUUUCCUCGGACCUUGAAACGCACAAUUAGUACACUUGGAGUAUAUUAUGAGUCCUACUGGUGACUUCAACUUUUUUAUGUGUAUUACAAAUGGUUUAUUCUUGUAGUUGUUAUAACUUAAACCGUUCUAAAUGUCAAAAUGAUUGCGCUUUUGGGAUCACCCUUCUAUGUAGACUAUUUGUGAUCUUGGAUACAAAACCAUAAGUCACGCAGGUAUAUUUGAAGAGUUUCGUUGCAAAACUAGAUAACUACGUUUUUUUUUUUUUUCAGAAAUCUCAUUUUUUGGUUGUGCAUUCCAAUUAAUAUCAAUUUAACUGCAGUUGGUUUGUUUUGAUUAAAACCUUAAUAACUUAAAAAAUACAGCUAAGUAUCACCAUAAAACAAAAUAAUAACAUGACAGCAUCGUAAUAAACAUGUUUUGUGAAAAAUUUUAAGUUUUGCAACGAAACUCUUCAUUUGUAGCAAUAGCCUGUAUUGGUCAAAAUUGUCGAUUUUUCUUUUAUGUCAAAAAUUAUUAGGUAAAGAUCAUGUUCCAUUAAGAUUAAGUUCCAUAAAAUUAAGUUUUGUAUAUUUUCUACUGUUAUAUAAAUAAUAUAUAAAAAAAUUAUUUAUCAUUGGUAAAACAUGUUGCUAAGGACUUCACUUGGACAACUUUAAAGCAGGGUUAUCACAGGUCCUUGAAAUCGAAGUUUGUGAAUCUGGGGGAAAAAAUCAAGGCCCUGGGAAGUUUUUGAAAAUAUACAUACAUAGAUACAAGCCAUUGAAACUGCUUGAAUCUAUUUUAUGCAAAAAAAUUCAUAUUAUUCCCUGUGUAGUGUAGGAUAAUAUUUUUAUAAAAAAUUAAGCACACGUGCUAAACUGUUCGCUUUUAUCUUCUGUAUGCGAAUGUUGAUUCAUACCAAAAUGCUUUUUUGCAUAGUUGUGUUUGAAAUGAAAACGUCUCGGGUUACGUACGUAACUGUUGUUCACUGAGAAGGGAACGAGACGCUGCAUCUCUCUUGCCAUACUUCCUGCGUCCCUGUAACGCCGUCUUUGGCAAUAUUUCAGAUAGUGAUAUACUUCCUGGCUCCCGCGUCACCCUGUCUUUGUCGUUAAGCCUCACCAUUGGUUGAAUUUGAUAUACACGUUCAGACGCACUUACCUCUGAAGGCGUCCCCAAAGUGUCACCGCAGUGACGCAGCGCGAGUUCCCUCAAAAGGGAACUGUUACAAUGUAUCUUAAAAGGUAACACGAUGUAACCUUGCUCUCAGUCGAAAUGUGUACUCCUUGAAUUUGAGGGUAUUGGAUCUGGAAAGUCCUUGAAAGGUCCUUGAAUUUGAAGUAAACUAAUGUGUGGGAACCCUGAAAGGUGAUUUUCUCAAUAUUUGACAUCCUCAGAUUCCAGAUUUUCAUAUUUGUGUCCUGGCCAAAUAUUGUUUAUCCUAACAAACCAUACAUGGAAAGCUUAUUUAUUCAGCUUUCAGAUUAAUAAAAAAUUGACUCUAUGACUGGUUUUGUGGUCCAGGGUCACAUUUAUUCAGGGUUUUAGCCUUUGUCUAUUCAUGAUUAUUUAUGUUCAUGCCUUUCUGAUCCAGUAUUAGCCAUACUGCAUGUCUCUUUUAAACUAACUGGGACCAUAUAAUAAAAGCCAUUUACAAUUUUUUAGGAUGUUUUUUGUUUACCUUAUUAUAAUGUCUUUCUUUAUAGCUGCCUGUUGCAAAACUAAAAGAGAUGUUCCUUAGCCAAACUAUUGUAUCUGUCAGCACAUACACAAACUGAAAUCAUAAAAGCAUUCAAAUGCUUUAAAUAAAUGUUUUUUU